AGGCGGAGCCCAAAGCCAGUGAUGCAGGGUGCGCAGGGAUCCCACCUGGAGAGUCGGGGCGGCACGUUGAGACCCCAGGGGUGAAGGGCGGGGGAUCCCAAUCCCAGCCCUGUUUUCCCCUCCCCUUUCCCCGCCUCCUUCUCGCCCCUCCCCCCUCCUCCCCUCUGGUUGGAAAGUUUCUAGAAUCUCUUCCCAGCGGCCUUUGCGGUUCCAACAUGGCGGAGCUGACGGUGGAGGUUCGCGGCUCUAACGGGGCUUUCUACAAGACUUUGACUCCAUUACUCAUUUUGCCUCACAAAGUGAGUUGGUACUUUGACAAAGGUUGGAAAGGACACUAGCCACCUGUGUGUGCACUGAAAUCAUGUACGCUUGAACAUUUGGAAUUUUAUGUCCAGCCAUAAUCCACUUGCAUAUGCACUUUGUGGAAACUGUGGUCUUCAGAACUCUGGAAGAAUGAGAAUGGCGGAGUGGAAAAGAGUCCUGGAUUUGAAGUAAACAGAUGAGAAUUCUAGGGAUUUAUCAAAGAUGUUCAUGAAGACUCCCUUACAGUUGUUUUUGAAAAUAAGGAAAGCUAAAUGAUAAACUAACUUGAAAAAAUAUGCAACACCAGGCGUAGACUAUAUAUUUUUAAGUUGUUAAUACACCUUUUCUAAUCCUUCAGUUGGCAACCAGAACGCCAGGUUCCAUUUAAUGAAGUUAGAUUACCACCACCACCUGAUAUAAAAAAAGAAAUUAGUGAAGGAGAUGAAGUAGAGGUAUAUUCAAGAGCAAAUGACCAAGAGCCAUGUGGGUGGUGGUUGGCUAAAGUUCGGAUGAUGAAAGGAGAAUUUUAUGUCAUUGAAUAUGCUGCUUGUGACGCUACUUACAAUGAAAUAGUCACAUUUGAACGACUUCGGCCUGUCAAUCAAAAUAAAACUGUCAAAAAAAAUACCUUCUUUAAAUGCACAGUGGAUGUUCCUGAGGAUUUGAGAGAGGCGUGUGCUAAUGAAAAUGCACAUAAAGAUUUUAAGAAAGCAGUAGGAGCAUGCAGAAUUUUUUACCAUCCGGAAACAACACAGCUAAUGAUACUGUCUGCCAGUGAAGCAACUGUGAAGAGAGUAAACAUCUUAAGUGACAUGCAUUUGCGAAGUAUUCGUACGAAGUUGAUGCUUAUGUCCAGAAAUGAAGAGGCCACUAAGCAUUUAGAAUGCACAAAACAACUUGCAGCAGCUUUUCAUGAGGAAUUUGUUGUGAGAGAAGAUUUAAUGGGCCUGGCAAUAGGAACACAUGGUAGUAACAUCCAGCAAGCUAGGAAGGUUCCUGGAGUUACUGCCAUUGAGCUAGAUGAAGAUACUGGAACAUUCAGAAUCUACGGAGAGAGUGCUGAUGCUGUAAAAAAGGCUAGAGGUUUCUUGGAAUUUGUGGAGGAUUUUAUUCAGGUUCCUAGGAAUCUCGUUGGAAAAGUAAUUGGAAAAAAUGGCAAAGUUAUUCAAGAAAUAGUGGACAAAUCUGGUGUGGUUCGAGUGAGAAUUGAAGGGGACAAUGAAAAUAAAUUACCCAGAGAAGACGGUAUGGUUCCAUUUGUAUUUGUUGGCACUAAAGAAAGCAUUGGAAAUGUGCAGGUUCUUCUAGAGUAUCAUAUUGCCUAUCUAAAGGAAGUAGAACAGCUAAGAAUGGAACGCCUACAGAUUGAUGAACAGCUGCGACAGAUUGGUAUGGGUUUCAGACCUUCUUCCACCAGAGGGCCUGAAAAAGAGAAAGGAUAUGCCACUGAUGAAAGUACCGUCUCUUCUGUACAAGGUUCUAGGUCUUAUAGCGGAAGAGGCAGAGGUCGUCGGGGACCUAAUUACACCUCCGGUUAUGGUACAAAUUCUGAGCUGUCUAACCCCUCUGAAACGGAAUCUGAGCGUAAAGACGAGCUGAGUGAUUGGUCAUUGGCAGGAGAAGAUGAUCGAGACAGCCGACAUCAGCGUGACAGCAGGAGACGCCCAGGAGGAAGAGGCAGAAGUGUUUCAGGGGGUCGAGGUCGUGGUGGACCACGUGGUGGCAAAUCCUCCAUCAGUUCUGUGCUCAAAGAUCCAGACAGCAAUCCAUACAGCUUACUUGAUAAUACAGAAUCAGAUCAGACUGCAGACACUGAUGCCAGCGAAUCUCAUCACAGUACUAACCGUCGUAGGCGGUCUCGUAGACGAAGGACUGAUGAAGAUGCUGUUCUGAUGGAUGGAAUGACUGAAUCUGAUACAGCUUCAGUUAAUGAAAAUGGGCUAGUCACAGUUGCAGAUUAUAUUUCUAGAGCUGAGUCUCAGAGCAGACAAAGAAACCUCCCAAGGGAAACUUUGGCUAAAAACAAGAAAGAAAUGGCAAAAGAUGUGAUUGAAGAGCAUGGUCCUUCAGAAAAGGCAAUAAACGGCCCAACUAGUGCUUCUGGCGAUGACAUUUCUAAGCUACAGCGUACUCCAGGAGAAGAAAAGAUUAAUACCUUAAAAGAAGAAAACACUCAAGAAGCAGCAGUCCUGAAUGGUGUUUCAUAAACUGAAGAAGUUCCUAGUUUACAGUUCUUUUACAUUACAUUUACAAUAGUGCUUGUACAAGCUUGCCAAAGAUAGAAUAUGGAUCGCCAGUCUUUACAUCGCACUUUCAGUUCCUCCAUUUGGAAUUCAAAAAGGGGAGGGAUCCUGAAGAAAUCAUAUGUUAAACAUACUUUGACACCUACUGUGUUAUAAAAUAUAUCAUCAGAUGUGCCUUGAGAAUAGUAUAUGUAACAUUAAAAAAAAGUUGCUGGCUA